UUAACAUAAAUUCUUUUAGAAAUUUUCCCCAAUUUCACAGCCAUCUUCUUCUUCUUCGGUCUUUACAUUCACCUCCAUUAAUGUCUUCUUCUACCGGAAAAUCACACUCCAUGGAAAGCGAUCAUCAAAUCAACCUUUCAGUCGUUCUUACGAAAAACCCAUCAACCUUGUUUCCUCUAUUAAAUCUAUUAGAAAUUCCUUCUUCCCCCUAAUACAAAUUCUUCAAUCUAUCCGUUCACGACUCGAAUCACUUGUUAUUUUUGGUUAUUUUUACUUGUACGAGUUCUGAUUUGGCUACUGCUCACCAGCUUAUGUGAUAGCGCUGGUCGAAUCCAAAUAGGGUUUCGAAACACUGAGAAAAAUGCACAAUGAAAAAAUCAUGCUUGUGUGUAAGUUGCUCAAUUUCUCAAUGAAAUUUGGAAGCAAUCAUUAUUCAGUUACUUCCAUUCGCAAAAAUGCGUAAAUUUUCAAGCUUGAAAGCACGAGAGAUGAGCUCCAAGCUCGUUACCUCACAUACAAAAAUCCAAUCGUGUUAUCCUAAACAAGACCUUAAGGGUCAAAGAGUUGCUAUACUUGGCCUUGGAAAAUCAGGCUCAGCUGCUACAAAGCUUGCUCUUGCUAGGGGAGCUUCAGUUAUAGCAAUUGAUCAAAAUGAGAAUUUGGGAUCAACAUUUAAGAUAAAUAAUGGUUUAUUUGAUCUGAAAGAUGAUGCUGAUUUGGAAACAGCUUUUGGUCAUUUUGAUGAUAAGCUUCUGAAAGAGGUGGAUAUAGUUGUUGUUUCUCCUGGAGUUUCCCUGGAAAAGUAUGGGAUUCACUCCAUGAUUUGUUCGGGGAAGGAAGUACUCUCGGAGAUGGAUUUUGCUGCGCAAGUUAUUCCUAGUUAUACUAAGAUUUUAGCUGUUACAGGAACUAAUGGGAAAUCUACUGUUACAACGUUUGCAGGACAGAUGCUUAAUCAUUUGGGUUUCGAGACGUUUGUUGGUGGUAACCUUGGAGUUCCACUUUCAGAAGCUGGUUUUCAUUGCUUAACUUCGUCUAACCAAAGACCUUUACAGGUGGUUGUUGUGGAGGUCAGUAGUUAUCAGUUAGAAAUCCCACCGAAAUACUUUUGUCCUUCGGUUGCUGUGAUCCUAAAUCUUACGCCUGAUCAUCUUGAACGACACCAAACGAUGAGGAACUAUGCUGCAACAAAGUGUCGAAUCUUCUCUCAUAUGAGAGGAAACAAAAUUGGUAUUCUUCCACUUGGAAACCAAUAUCUUGAUGAAGCAAUUAUGGAAUACGCGAAUGGCGUUAAUCUUGCUUGGAUAGGAGCUUCCCCUGGUGUGAGCGUUGAUGUGGAGACGAAGAUUGCUGACUUAAAGCUUCCUACAAUAGGCUGUGAUUCACAAUUACAAUUGGAUGAGCUGAAGGCAGUUGGGAAGCACAAUUACACCAAUGCUGCAGUGGCUGCUUUAGCUGUUUGGGGGUUGGAUAUUGAAAUCAAAGCUGCAUCUUUUAGUUCAGCAAUUUCCAAAUUGACAACUCUGCCUCAUCGAAUGCAAGUUGUUCAUGUAGACGAUGAUGAAAUAACUUGGGUUGAUGACAGCAAGGCGACAAAUGUUGAAGCGGCAUAUUUUGGUUUGAUUGGUUUUGAGCUGAAGUCAGUGGUUCUACUUGGUGGUCUUGCAAAGGAGUUAAAGAUGAAAGAUUCUAAUGGAUUUGAGCAGCUGGUGGAACCUCUUCAACACCAUCGAGGUGUAAUCACUUUUGGAUUUUCAGGACAUAUGAUCCAGAAGACACUCCGUGCUAAUGGUCUAACAAUUCCUCGUUUGAAUGCUAAAACUCUUAAGGAUGCUGUGAGCUUGGCAAGGAGUAUAGCACAACGUGGCGAUGCCAUUGUACUGAGUCCUGGUUGUGCUAGCUUUGACGAGUUCAAAAAUUUUGAGCACCGAGGAAGGAUCUUUAAGGAGCUUGCUAUCUCAUCAGAGUGACUGACCAUCUCUUCCACAUUCUGCUGGUCACCUGAGAUGGACUAUUUUCGACUUGUAUGGACUUCCAUCCGCAGACUUUGCUAGUGAUAGUUGAUUCGGAUGCCCUAAAUUGUAACUUAAUUUUGGUUUAACAACACUACUGAGGAAAUUUAAAUUUAGUGUUGAGUAUUUGAAAUAUGAAGUCAGUGAUUUACUGAAAUUUGAGUAAUGCAGUAUUGUACAUUGGCUUUUGAUCACAAUUUCAACUGGCUUAUCGGCAACCUAGCUCUUAUUAUCAGCUGAUCUACAUAUA